GUGCGGCAGGACCGGAAGUAGUAAAGCGUCGCAGCAGGUUUUCAAUCCAACGAGCUGCGUAUUUAGUCUGUGGAGCUUUCUGAGCUUUAACCCGAACAUGAAGCAGAACUCCACCGUUCCGGCCUUCCUCACCAAGCUAUGGACGCUGGUGGAGGACGGAGACACCAACGAGUUCAUCUGCUGGAGCCAGGAAGGAACCAGCUUUUUGGUUCUGGACGAACAGCGCUUUGCCAAGGAGAUCCUCCCCAAGUUCUUCAAGCACAACAACAUGGCGAGUUUCAUCCGGCAGCUGAACAUGUAUGGGUUUCGUAAGGUGAUGCACAUCGAUACAGGCAUCGUGAAGCAGGAGAGAGAUGGUCCGGUGGAGUUUCAGCAUCCUUACUUCAAACAUGGACAGGAUGACCUACUGGAGAACAUCAAGAGGAAGGUUUCUAACACUCGCCCAGAAGACAACAAGAUCCGACAGGACGACCUGACCAAGAUCCUGGCCAGUGUUCACAGCGUCCACAGCAAGCAGGAGAACAUCGACGCCCGACUGGCAACGCUGAAGAGGGAGAAUGAAGCUCUGUGGAGAGAAAUCUCAGACCUGAGACAGAAACAUUCUCACCAGCAGCAGCUCAUCAAGAAGCUCGUCCAGUUUAUCGUCACGUUGGUGCAGAACAACCGAAUUCUGAAUCUGAAGCGUAAAAGGCCGAUUCUGAUGAACAGCAACGGAAAAAAGUCCAAAUACAUCCAUCAGAUCUACGAGGACAAACAGUCCACAGUAAACGGUCUGAACGGAGUGAAGAACUCUGAGGUGUCAGAAGACAUCAUCAUCUGCGACCUGACCGAGAACGAAGCCGAGGUGAUGGCGGAGAUUACCGAGGAGUCGCCCAGAGCCUUCGAACAGGGAAAUAGAAGAUUUGGAAUGACACAGCAAAUAAGAAGAUUGUAGGGAAGCCUUCAUCUUCAACCAUCAGAGGCCUCAUGUCAGUGACGGUCAUGCUGAGGAUGCUCUCAGUCAAACAGCUGCUUGCUGUGGUGGACAUGAUGUCUUUCUAUCAUGAAGCCUGUUAAUGUGAUUCAUCCUGCCUCACUCCAACACAGACCAGUGUCUUCACUCAGAUGUCAGAAAAUUAAAACUUGAAGCUUAAUCUUCAAAUUAUUACCAUAUAGUGUGCAAGUUACGUUUAUUUGUAAUGCAUAUCCAAACCAUGCUUUAGCUGAUUAAAGUGAAAUAAAAAGCAUCUCUCACAGUCACACACGCCCUAUCACUGUCAUUAAUCAGUUAAUAAGCUAACCCUAGCAUCAGACAAGCUACCAGAGAGACUGAUGUUACGUUUCCUCACUUUAAAAUGGAACAAAUGUAGGAUAAUGCAGUGACUUAAGGUGUGUGUCCACUCGAUGCGACACAUCACAUGUGGCCGGUUGGUGCGUUUCCAGCUGUGAUCCGGUGUGUUUACCUGCAGCUCAUUUACAUAAAGUAGACUUGACUUCUACUGUCCUCAAACAUCUAAACUAGCCGUCGAUGAACUAAAACUAGGACAGGUUCAGCUGCUGCACAGAUUAUUUCUCGCCUCAGUUGCUUUAGAAAUACUUUUCCCUGAAGUGUUUUCGAAAUAAAAGAGAAAGUUUGCGGCUGAGCUGCUGUGUUUAUCAGACUCAUCUACCGGACCGUCAAGUUGAACGCGCGGUCACAUGACGACGUAGUGACCCGCUAGUGACGGUCCAUCGUCAGUGCGAUUUUCAGAUGCGUGCGUUGCCGUGCGGGAAAAUCGCGUGUAGUGGACAUGCAGCAUGUUUUUGUUUUGUGACGCGUGAAAUGCUCCCACACUUCUGAGGACUUCGGUCAAACAGUUUUCUCUGUGCUGGUUAUGUUUCAUGUGUUGAAUUUACUCUUCCUUUGAAAAUAUCUCCACCUCGCGCUGUUCAAUUUGCUCUGCAGGUGAAGUAGACGGCUCUGCAACAUGGCGAGUGACACAUGAAUCGAUAAUGCAAUUCGUUGCCAGUGCUUUUAACAAUCCAUUAUUGUCGUUUUUAAUCGAUUUGUUGUUGCAGCCCUAAUCAUAACCAUCUAUCCAUAACCCUCCAGAUAGUAAAACUGCACCUUUAAAGGAGUUUUAAGAACUUCUAGCAGCUUGUGAGCUAUCUAAACUAUCAAACCUAGGUAUCUAAACUACCCAAACUAGCUAACUAUCUAAAGUAGCAAUCUGAACUAGCUAACUAUUUAAACCAGCUAACUAUCUAACCUAUCCAAACUAGUUGUCUGUAUAGUGGGCUGUAUGAUUCAAAUUAAAACCUUUAAAAUAGAAUUAAAUUGGGUAAUUUGGAUUAAAAAGCAAUUAAAGCUGACAACGCCACCUAGUAAGGGACGAGGACCCGUUUAAAAGUGGUUCUUAACCCAGAGGUGAGCAGUGCAUAACAACAGGGGAUAAAACAAAAUUUUCUCUGUUCCAAUAAAUGUAUUUAUCUAAAAAUAAGUGUUAACAAUAAACAACAAAAAAUUAGCAAACUAAAAGUUCUUAAAAUAAAGUCACUAAGGAAUUGGUGACCACUGGACUGGUCACGCAGGGCCUCUUCUUUGAUGGGGGGUUAGGGGAGCUUCUCCAGUCCUCCGGGGCCACGGCGCUGCGCCUCGCGAUCACACAGGCUCUGGAGCCUGAGAGAAAGAGAGGAUCUGCCAGUGGGGGAAGCAAUAAAGGACCCACGCGUCUUCCUCCCGUGUGUGGUGACUCAUGCCGCAAGCACGCGUUGAGCACCGCCGUGCGUUCCAAAAACUGGCCCCACUUCGUGGCUCCCGUACGUCUCUCUCUCUCUCUCCGUUCGUCCUGGCUUGGUGCCGGUGCUGUGUGCCCUUGUUCAGCUUAGUAGUCUGCCAUGUUGCUCGUUACACACCGCCAUUCACCGUCGCUUCUGCCCUGUUGUCUGUCGUGCUGCCCAUUGCACGCUGCCGUUCACCGCUGCUUCUGCUGCCUCGCCUCUCCGCGGCUCGCCUGCCGCUCGCCUCUCCUUCCCUUUUGCUCUGUCGAUCGUCUCUUUUGUUUGCUGUCGUUGCCCCAGAUUCUGUCCUGCGUAAUCAAACUGAUUGAUAGCAGGUGCGCUCAACCAGUGUCCACAGUCUCUGUUCCCGGUACACACCGGCAGGUAGUGGGCGUGACCUGAACCCAUCCAGAAACAAAUGUAUAAAGAAAAGCAACACAACAAGACAUGCAAAUUGACAAACUAACACAAAAAUCAAGCAAAUAAUUUCACAGCAAAAUAUAAGAAAACCACACACCAAAUAAUCAUGCAAAUAAAGAAAAAGUAAAUAAAAGGCCAUAUUCCCACAUAGCUAACAAUCAAAACUAGCCAUCUGAACUAGCUAUUUAAACCAGCUAACUAUCUGAACUAUCUAAAGUAGCAAACUAUCUACACAAGCUAACUAUCAAAAUUAGCUAUCUAAACAAGCAAA